AUGAAGUUCCGGUACGCGAUGGUGUGUUCGUCGAAUCAGAACCGGAGCAUGGAGGCUCACAACCUCCUGAAGAGGCAAGGGCUCGACGUUGCAUCGUACGGGACUGGGUCUCAUGUUAAAUUACCCGGACCAUCUCUCAGAGAGCCUAACGUCUACGAUUUCGGAACUCCUUACAAGCAGAUGUUCGACGAGCUCAGGCGCAAGGAUCCUGAACUAUACAAGAGGAAUGGUAUUUUGCAGAUGCUUAAGAGGAAUUUAUCUGUGAAACUUGCUCCACAGAGAUGGCAAGAUAAUGCUGGUGAUGGUGUGUUUGAUGUGGUCAUGACCUUUGAAGAAAAGGUUUUUGAUUCAGUCCUUGAAGAUCUUAAUAACAGAGAACAGUCACUCAUGAAAACCAUACUUGUGAUGAACUUGGAAGUUAAAGAUAACCACGAAGAAGCAGCUAUAGGUGGCAGACUCGCCUUGGAACUCUGUCAAGAGAUUGAAGGGAAUGAAUCAUGGGAAGACACGAUCGACGACAUUGUUGCUGGUUUCGAGAAACAACAUAGACGGAAACUUGUCUAUAGCAUCUCAUUCUACUGA